CCCUUUUGAAAACACAAACUAUCAAUAAUGAAUUGGUCAUACAUUCAUGCUUGGUUAGCAACUCUCUACAAAGACAGGGAAAUACCCUCCUUUGACCACACGGAUAAAAAUUAUCACAUACUGGAGAACCUUAAAAAUCUUAAUUUCAAUUCAACUGAACUAGUAGAAAAUAUAAUUAUCAAUGCUACUGCUGUUGAAUUUGACACUAGUUCAUUAACUUUGCAGGGAAAUCAUGCAUUACAUUCUCUUGCAGUCAUUGCUCAGUACCUUGGGAUCGGUCAAACUGAGUUGAGCACUUAUUACACUGCCAUUACCCAAUUAUCAAUGGACCGAAUGGAUUCUCAUUUGGAACUAGAACGUCUGCGGCACAUCGACUCUUGUCUGCAAGAGGGAUUUGACGGUCACUUGUUAAAAAUGGAAAGUAUUCUGACAAAGUUAAAAGAAAAUCGGGAUGUUAACAACAGCAAACAUAUGAUGAACCAAAACGGGACAGAUCAAUCUGAAUAUCUAGUUCUUGAGAAAAAGUAUAAUAAUCUGGGUAUUCGUACAAGAUUAAGUCAUUUAUAUGAAUUAGAUUCAAAAUCAGAUUCCAUAGAAAACAUCCUAUUGGAGCAAUCAACUUCACUUGCAUCAUUUAAAACUUUGCCACCCGACAUGACAUUAGCUUCGAUCAAAAUACAGGAAACUGAACUUCUCUUGCACGAGUUGGAAUCACAAAGAGAAGCUGCCUUGAUUGCCAAAUUCUAGUUCCUCCCGCCAUCAUUUGUGACUGUUUAUUUGUGACUGUUAUUCUCGAACGCGCAAUGUGUGUCUCCUACAUGUUUUGCUACUGCUACAUACA